CAAGCCCAAGAUUGCAUUCCAGCGACAGCUCUCUAACUACUUGCUUAUGAUAAGGGUAGCACCGCUGCACUCACCGUCUCAGGGUUCAAGAGGGAUCCUGUGUCAUGUAGUUGCUUUUUCUCCACAAAGCAGAGUCGGCCGUGGACGGGCAGACACGCGGUUACGGCUGUGACACCAGACAGGGUUGAACGUGUUGCGUUGGAAGAAAAGAAAGACUUAUGAAGAAUGAACAACAGCCACCCGGAAACAUCACCUGACGUACAGGAAACAGAGUUUGGGACUCCUGCCCUGACCAAACAAAGGAGGAUCACCUACUUCUCCAGCGGGGAAACUCUGGAGGAGGAUGACAGUGAAGAGGAACAAGAGGAAGAAGAGCAGUCAUCCAACAGAUCUCCCUUCAGAGAACCUGCAGAGAGGACUAGGUUGUCGUUCAAGAAAGUGGCCCUUCUAGUUGGAAGGAUUUCCCUGCUGACUUGCGAUUUCCUUGGAGAGAGACUGGCUGGUGCACUAGGACUGAAUGCAGCCAAAUACCAGUAUGCCAUAGAUCAACACCAUCGUGACCACAAGACAACAAGCAGCAAAGCCACAGACAACCUGAAGGGAGAACAGGCAGCCGCCACCCACCUCUCUCCUGGACUGGAUGGGAGGCAUUACGGCGCUACAGGAGACGUAGGGUGCCCUGCUGGUUCCCAGGAAAGCUGCGACGAGAAACACAUGGACACAAGCGAAGGCUGUCACAACAGAGCCUAUCAAGCAGAUGAGGAUUAGUUGGAUUAAAACCAAAGGACGAAAAAAAACAAUGGAAUAAGAGUUGUGGUUUGAUUAAAGUGUACUGUGUAAAAAAAAAUAAUACAAUAAUGCUUGCCUAAAGUAUCGUCGAAGCUGUUUAUAGUAUGGUAAUGCUACAAGAAAACUAUAUGAGGAAGAAUUUUUUUUUUUUAAAGAAUUCUAAACUGUCAACAAGGAUGGGAUUCGAACACGCGCGUGCAGAGCACAACGCAAAAGGGACUGCUAAGAGGGGCAAAGGAAAAACAAAAAAGGGGGGGAGGGUGGAGAGAGGAAAAAAAGAGAAGAAAAAUGAGAAAUUCGCCAGUUCGAUCCUCGAUUGGAACGUGUCAAUGCAAACUCUUACAAAGUGCUAUAAAUGUAUCAAAUAUCGCUUAAAAACAGAUACAAAUAGGAUUGGUAAGAAUAAUAAUGCUUUGUUGGGAUAAUAAUGCUUUGUUGUGAUAAUAAUAAUAAUAAUAAUAAUAAUAAUAAUAAUAAUAAUAUGAGAAAAGAAGGAGAAAAUGAAGAUUAAAUUAUGUUAUAAAUUAAUUUUUAAUUAAAUACUGGUUGGGCCAACAAGGUGCACACUCUUGCCAGGAUUUGCACCUGGAAUCUUCUACCCAAAGGAGGGAUGUGUUACUAUUACACCACAAGAGUUUUUUGUUAUUAUUAUUUUUCUUUUUAUAACACAAACACCAAAGGUGUAUGUGUUUUUUUAAAGAACACAAACCCCUCCAAUAAAGAGGUGUACGUGUA